GAGGCGCGCAGAGUGGAGAGCAGGUCUGCAGUCUGAAUCUGUGCGUCGCGCAGACCCGAGACGACGCUUCGUGGCUGCUCGCUGCGAUAGAUGCUGGGAUUACCACAGCCAGACCUACCGCAUCCUCCGACCACUGACUGUUCACGCUCCGGGGCUGGGGUCGAAAACUUCUCCGAGCGCUUCGGGGACAGAGGUCUUCUCUUGGAUCCUUGGAUGAUAACGCCUCUAGAUUUCCGAGGACGAGCUGAAACGUGGAUUUACUGGAUUUCAAAUCGACCCCAAGAACAGGAGGAAUAAAAGAAACUGAGAGAGAGAGAGAAAUCUGUUGGAUCUUGUGCCGUCGUUUGCAUUUGUGGAGCGUGUGAGAGGUUUUCGUGAUUUAAUGAAUUAAUGAAUUGAUUGAUUUUGCGGAGUUGGUGAGUAAAUUACUGGCCAGUUGUCUACCCCUCCUCCCCCUACGGCUUGCCUUUUAGGUGUGAAAUCUAUCUUAUCAGAGAAGAGACUCUGAACCCCUUUGGUCCCCCGCAUGACAUGGUUCAGUCCAGCUGUGAGAUCCGAGCCUCCUCCAUGCAUUGGGAUUUUUCUCAGCUCCGACACCGAGUGAAUCUCCCUUUUCUGCGCAUCUGAGAACUCAUCGUGCCUGGCAGAGAGAAAAAAAAAGAGAGAAAAAAGAAAGAAAGAAAAAGAGAGAAAGCCCCUGCCAUGACCACCACUUCAAAUCGGGACGGAGCACCGGGACUUGUAAGGAGAGCGGGAUCCGUAUGCAGAAAGGGAGACGAUGGCAUUGGGAUUUUAGCUCUGAUGACAGCAGGAGCUCAGGCGCGCUGUCGUUGGUACCGGGUGCUGCUCUUCUACAUGGGGCUGCUGAUACUGGGCGCCACAGUUGAGGCUCAGAACUGCAGUUAUACUCUACACAGUCCCAACGGGACAAUAGAGAGUCCCGGAUACCCUUACGGUUAUCCAAACUAUGCCAACUGUACGUGGGUCAUUGUGGGAGCGGAUCAUAACCGGAUACAGCUGGUGUUUCAAGGCUUCGCCCUGGAGGAGGAUUUUGACAUCCUGUCGGUGUACGAUGGGCCUCCCAGCCCCGGGAACCUGCGGACAAGGUUAACUGGGUUCCAGCUGCCUUCACCCAUUGUGAGUACAGGUUCCAGACUCACCUUGUGGCUGCUAUCGGAUUAUGCUGUCAGCGGGCAGGGAUUUAAAGCCGUUUAUGAAGCACUGCCCAGUUACACUUGUGGUAAUCCUGGCCAGCUACUGAAUGGCUACCAACAAGGCUCGACUUUCAAUAUAGGGGAUAAAAUCCGCUACAGCUGUAGCCCUGGCUAUGUGCUGGAGGGUCACACCACACUUUCCUGCCUCGCCACGUCAACUGGGACAGCUGCCUGGGAUUUCCCCCUUCCCUACUGCAGAGCUGAUGAUGGAUGUGGAGGGACACUGCGGGGCCAAAGUGGGGUGAUCACGACCCCCAAUUACCCAGCUGAGUACAACAACAAUGCUGACUGCACCUGGACCGUACUGGCUGAGCCCGGCGAUACCAUUGCCCUGGUUUUCUCUGACUUUCAGUUGGAGGAUGACUACGACCUGCUGGAGGUCAGCGGUACUGACGGACCUUCGCAGUGGUUUACUGGUCCCAACCUUCCCUCGCCUAUUAUUAGCAGCAAGAACUGGCUUCGACUUCACUUUACGUCAGAUGGCAACCACAGGUUGAGAGGUUUCAGUGCCCAGUAUCAGGUGAAGAAGAUGACUGAGCUUAAAUCUCGAGGUGUGAAGAUGCUGCCGAGCAAAGAUAACCACCAUAAGAUAUCAGUGUUGUCUCAGAUGGGUGUAGCGCAGGGACACAACAUGUGCCCAGACCCAGGGAUUCCGGAUCGGGGGAAAAGAAAAGGCUCCGACUUCAGGCGAGGAGCUACAGUGCAUUUUUCCUGCGACGAGGGUUACGAACUGCAGGGUUCAAAAAGCAUCAGCUGCCUCAGAGUGACAGACAGCUAUGUGGGCUGGAGUGAUGACCGGCCCAUCUGCAGAGCGCCAAUGUGUGGCGGUCAGUUAAAAGGACCCAGUGGUGUCAUCACGUCUCCUAAUUAUCCUGUUCAGUACGACAACAAUGCGAACUGCACUUGGAUCAUCACGGCAACAGACAUGUCCAAGGUGAUCAAGCUGACAUUUGAGGAUUUUGACCUGGAGAGAGGCUACGACACGCUGACUGUGGGAGACGGCGAGCUUGUGGGGGACCAGAAGACCAUUUUCCAUGUACUGUCUGGUACGACAACCCCAGACCUCGUGGUGAGCACCAGUCACCAGAUGUGGCUGAACUUCAAAACAGAUGACACCAGCGGCUCCCUUGGAUUCAAAGUCACCUAUGAGGAGAUCGACCAAGGCAGCUGUGGAGACCCUGGAAUCCCAGCCUACGGCAAGCGGGAAGGGACUGGCUUCCGUCAUGGAGACAGGCUGUACUUUGAGUGCCUGCCUGCCUUUGAGCUCGUGGGAAAGAAGAACAUCACCUGUCAGAAGAACAACCAGUGGUCCGCUAAGAAACCCAGCUGCGUCUUUUCCUGCUUCUUCAACUUUACCACCCCAUCCGGCGUGCUGCUAUCCCCCAACUACCCUCAGGAAUACGGGAACAACAUGCACUGUGUUUGGCUCAUCAUCACCAACCCUGAGAGCAGAAUCAACCUGGCCUUCAAUGACCUCAGCAUGGAGAAACAGUUUGACUUCCUUUCCAUUAAGGACGGCGGAAAGGCUGAAUCUCCUAUUCUGGGCACCUUCUCUGGAGAUGCCCUACCUCCUCCCAUAACAACGAGCGGCCACGUGGCCCGACUUGAAUUCCUGACGGACCAUACAUACACAGACCGCGGUUUCAACAUCACUUUUACUACGUUCCGCCACAACGAAUGCCCAGAUCCAGGGGUGCCGGUUAAUGGAAAGCGUUUUGGCGAGAGCCUCCAGCUUGGCAGCUCCAUCUCGUUUCUUUGUGAGGAGGGCUUUGUGAAGACCCACGGCUCUCAGACCAUAUCCUGCAUUCUGAAGGAUGGCAACGUCGUUUGGGACAAUGCUGUUCCUCGUUGUGAAGCCCCAUGCGGAGGAGAUCUGAAGGCUCCCAGUGGGAUCAUUCUCUCCCCCGGCUGGCCAGAGCUGUACAAGGAGGCCCUUAACUGUGAAUGGAUCAUUGAGGCUCCUCCAGGCUAUCCCAUCAAGAUCAUCUUCGACAAGUUUCGUACGGAGGUCAACUAUGACGUUCUCGAGGUGCGGGACGGUCGAUUUCCCUCCUCACCUCUAAUUGGAAGUUACCAGGGCACCCAGGUUCCACAGUUUCUCAUCAGCACCUCAAAUUUCCUGUUCCUGCUCUUUACCACCGACAAGAGCCACUCUGACAUCGGCUUCCGUAUACGUUACGAGACCCUGCAGCUACAGUCGGACCACUGCGUGGAUCCGGGCAUACCUGUGAACGGCCAGCGCCACGGCAACGACUUCUACGUGGGCGCCCUGGUGACAUUCAGCUGCGACGCCGGGUAUACGCUAAGCGACGCCGAGCCCUUAGAGUGCGAACCGAACUUCCAGUGGAGCCGCCCCCUGCCUAGCUGCGACGCUCUGUGCGGUGGUUAUAUCCAGGGCAACGCAGGAACCAUCCUUUCUCCCGGCUUCCCUGACUUCUACCCACACAACCUGAACUGCACUUGGACAAUCGAGACCUCCCACGGAAAAGGUGUACAGUUCACCUUCCACACCUUCCACCUUGAGAGUCCUCAUGACCAUUUGCUGGUGACGGAGAACGGCAGUUUCUCCCAGCCCCUCUGGAGGCUGACCGGCUCCACUUUGCCUCCCCCGUUGAGCGCAGGCCUGUUCGGGAACAACACGGCGCAGAUCCGCUUCCUCUCGGACUUUUCCGUUUCGUACGAGGGAUUUAACAUCACAUUCUCAGAAUAUGAUUUGGAGCCCUGCGAGGAUCCUGGCAUCCCUCCGUACAGCACCAGAAAAGGUCUCCAGUACGGAGUGGGCGACGCCCUCAUCUUUUCCUGUUUCCCGGGUUACCGACUAGAGGGUCCGGCGAGGGUGGUGUGCUUAGGGGGCAGAAGGCGGGUGUGGAGCUCCCCUCUGCCAAGGUGUGUUGCUGAAUGCGGCUCAUCCGUGACUGGCAUGCAAGGGGUGCUCCUCUCGCCCAACUACCCUGGUUACUACGGCAACAACCACGAAUGCAUCUACUCCAUCCAGACGCAGCCUGGCAAAGGCAUUCAGCUGCGAGCACGGGACUUUCGACUGGAGGAUGAUGACGUGCUCAAAGUCUUUGACGGCAGCAGUAAUAAGGCUCGUCUCUUGGGGGUGUUUACAGGAAACGAGCUACUCGACGUUACCUUGAACUCCACCUCCAGCUCCAUGUGGCUGGAGUUCAUCAGCAACGCCGAGAACACCAGUAAAGGCUUUGAACUGCACUUCACCAGUUUUGAGCUGGUUAAAUGUGAGGAUCCAGGUGUUCCCCAGUUUGGGUACAAGCGAGAAGACAAAGGUCACUUUGCAGGGAGCACCGUGUCGUACAGCUGUGACCCAGGCUACUCCCUAAAAGGCCCCGAGGUGCUCACCUGCCUCAGGGGGGAGCGGAGGGCCUGGGACAGCCCCCUUCCUCUCUGUGUCGCGGAGUGUGGGGGCCUAAUCAAGGAGGAGCCUGCCGGUCGUAUUCUGUCUCCUGGCUACCCGGCCCCAUAUGAGCACAACCUGCACUGUGUCUGGACCAUCGAAGCUGCUCCAGGAAGCACUAUCAGUCUGCAUUUCCUGGUUUUCCACACGGAGGAGGUCCACGAUGUGCUUCGGAUCUGGGAUGGUCCGCAGGAUGGCGGAGUCCUGCUGAGGGAACUGAGCGGCUCGGCGCUGCCUCCGGAUGCUCACAGCACCUUCAAUACAAUCACUCUGCAGUUCACCACAGACUUUUUUACCAGCAAACAAGGCUUUGCUUUGCAGUUUUCUGUCUCCACUGCGACCUCCUGCAAUGACCCGGGCAUGCCGACCAACGGUACCCGCAGCGGCGACAGCAGGGAGCCCGGGGACCAUGUGGCGUUCCAGUGUGAUCCUGGCUACGUCUUGCAGGGGGCCAACAGAAUCACAUGUACAGAGAUCAAUGGCCGCUUCUUCUGGCAACCAGACCCCCCAACAUGCACAGCUCCAUGUGGCGGGAACCUAACGGGUCCGAGUGGGCUGAUUCUGUCUCCAGACUAUCCUGAGCCGUACCCACAUGGCAGAGAGUGUGACUGGAGAGUUACCGUCACACUGGACUACGUCAUUUCUCUCAGCUUCAACCAUUUCAGCCUGGAGCCCAGUUACGACUUCUUGCACAUCUACGACGGGCCGGACUCGCUGAGCCCCUUGCUGGGCAGUUUCUAUGGCACCGACGUCCCAGAUCGCAUCGAGAGCAGCUCCAACACGCUCUUCAUGGCGUUCCGCAGCGACGCUUCCCUCAGCAGUAACGGAUUUGUGCUGCAGUACACAGAAAACCCCAGGGAGUCUUGCUUCGAACCCGGCCUGGUGCGCAACGGUACGCGGGUGGGCACCGAUCUCAAGCUGGGCUCCACUGUCACCUACCACUGCGACAGGGGCUACACCCUAGAGGGAGACCCAACGCUCACUUGCAUCAUGGGGGGAGACGGCAAGCCGAGCUGGAACAAGCCCAAGCCCAUCUGCAUGGCACCGUGCGGUGGACAGUACUCUGGAUUAGAGGGAGUGGUCCUGUCUCCUGGUUACCCUGGCAACUAUAGCAGUUCUCGAACCUGCAUGUACUCCGUAGUGGUGCCCAAGGAUUACGUGGUCUUCAGUCAGUUCGCCUUCUUCCAGACUGCUCUGAACGACAUAGUGGAGGUUUAUGACGGACCGACGCAACAUUCCCGUGUUCUGAGCUCACUGUCUGGAGCGCACACAGGUGAGUCGUUGCCAUUAGCGACCUCCAAUCAAAUCCUGAUUCGCUUUACGGCCAAAGGCCAAUCCAGCUCCAGAGGAUUCCAUCUGGUCUACCAGGCUGUGCCAAGGACCAGUGCAACCCAGUGUAGCUCAGUCCCUGAGCCAAGAAACGGCCGACGCAUGGGCAACAACUUUGCUGUUGGUGCGGUGGUCCGCUUUGAGUGCAGCCCGGGUUAUGUUCUAGAGGGAUCGAGUGCCAUUGAAUGCUUAACAGUCCCCAAUGCCCUGGCGCAGUGGAACAGCUCUAUACCCAGCUGCAUUGUUCCGUGUGGAGGUAAUCUGACCCAUCGAACUGGCACCAUCUUGUCUCCGGGCUACCCUGAACCUUACCUCAACAGCCUCAACUGUGUGUGGAAGAUCACUGUUCCUGAAGGAUCAGGGAUCCAGAUCCAGGUGAUCAGCUUUGUCACUGAACAGAACUGGGACUCCCUGGAAGUCUUUGAUGGAGGCGAUAACACUGACACACUGCUUGGCAGCUUCUCAGGCACAACGGUCCCAGCUCUUCUCAACAGCACCUCCAACCAACUCUACCUUCACUUCUUCUCGGAUAUUAGUGUGUCUGCUGCUGGAUUCAGGCUGGAAUACAAAACGGUGUCUCUGACCAGCUGCCCAGAACCUGUAGUUCCUAUGAAUGGUAUUAAGAUCGGGGAGCGUCUCCAGAUGAAUAAUGUGGUGUCUUUCCACUGCGAACCCGGCUAUACUCUACAGGGGAAUUCUCACAUCACCUGUAUGCCUGGAACCGUCAGACGAUGGAACUAUCCACCUCCCCUCUGCAUCGCACAAUGUGGUGGGAUCCGGGAGGAGAUGGAGGGGAUGAUUCUCAGUCCUGGUUUCCCUGGUAACUACCCUAGCAACAGUGACUGCACCUGGAGAAUAUACCUGCCAGUUGGUUACGGAGCCCACUUACAGUUCCUUAACUUCUCAACGGAGGCCAACCACGAUUUCCUAGAGAUACGCAACGGGCCCCUUGAUACUAGUGCUGUGAUUGGUCGGUUCAGUGGCCAGGAUAUGCCAUCCCCUCUUCUCACUACCUCCCACGAGACCACAGUUUAUUUCCACAGCGACCACUCGCAGAACAAACCAGGGUUCAGGUUUGAGUACCAAGCGUAUGAGCUACAGGAAUGCCCGGAUCCAGAGCCUUUCCGUUAUGGGGUAGUGGUCGGCGCAGGCUACAACGUGGGCCAGUCCAUAUCCUUCGAGUGUCUGCCCGGAUAUCAGCUGAUGGGAGACUCCAUCCUGACCUGUGAGCAUGGCACCACCCGCAACUGGGACCACGCAUUCCCUCGCUGCGAAGUGCCUUGUGGUGGCAACAUCACGUCAGACAACGGGACCAUCUUCUCCCCCGGAUACCCGGAGGAGUACCCAAACUCAGCCGACUGCACCUGGCUCAUUUCAGUGGCUCCUGGCUUUGGGAUCAAACUGAAUUUCACCCUGCUUCAGGUUCACGGGCCACACGACUUCAUAACUGUCUGGGAUGGCCCACAGGAGACGACUAGAAAACUAGGCGUCUUCACCGACGGAGAGCCUAAUGACCCGCCCAGCAGCACAUCCAAUCAGGUCCUGCUGCGGUUCCGCAGUAACACAGAGAAGGGCGGAUUAUUCCGUAUUAGUUACCAAGCUUACAGACUCCAGUACUGCCUGCCUCCGCCCAUCAUUCCUAACGCGGAGAUCCUGAUGGCGAGCAAAGAAUUCAAAAUCGGUGAUAUAGUUCGCUACAGAUGUCUUCCAGGCUACCAGCUAAGUGGAAAUAGCAUCCUGACGUGUCGACUGGGAACACACUUAGAGUUUGAAGGCCCCCCACCGUCCUGCGACGUGACGUGUCCCAUGAACGAGGUGCUGACAGCUUCCACGGGUGUCAUAAUGAGCCAGUCGCCAGGCACCGGCUUCCCUCAUUUCGAGUCUUGCUCCUGGGUGGUUAAAGUGGAGCCCGGCUACAACAUCACCUUCACCAUUGAACACUUCCAGACCAGCCGUCAGUUCGACGAGCUCGAAAUCUUUGACGGUCCAUCCAGACAGAGCCCGCUCCUCAUCACCCUCAGCGGCAAUUAUUCCAGCCCGCUGAGCAUCACCAGCUCCAGCAACAAAGUCUACCUGCACUGGUCGUUCGACCACACCACCAGCCACAAAGGCUUCCGCAUCCGUUACUCAGCGCCCUACUGCAGCCCUCCAAAUAAUCCGGUAAAUGGUACAGUGCACAGUCUGACUGGCUCCAAAUUAGGCAGCACUUUGCGCUUCAGCUGUGACCAGGGCUUCCGACUUAUUGGCCAGACCAGUGCCGCGUGCACCCGCACUGCACAAGGGAUCCAUCAGUGGAACGCCCCAGUACCGCUUUGCCAAGUCUUGUCCUGUGGGAUGCCUGUUGCCCCUGUCAACGGGAGCAUCGUUGGCCAAGACUUCUCCCUCGGGGCCAGGGUCACUUACCGAUGUAAUCCAGGGUUUCGGCUUGCUGGUCCUCUCACCACCUCAGUGGUCUGUCAGGAGUCUGGGAGGUGGAGCCCCAUUGAGGCCCCUCCAAGAUGUGUUCCGGCCACCUGUACUGACAUCAGCCACUCUGCUGUCGAACAUGGAAGAUGGAGACUAAUCUAUGGCACCCAAAACCAAUACGAUGCCAUAAUGAUGCUCAUAUGUGACCCAGGAUAUUACUACAGAGGUCAAAGGAUCAUUCGCUGCCAAGCAAAUGGCACCUGGAACUACCCUGAACCUCGGCCAGUCUGUGACAUUAUUUCCUGCGGAGACCUCGGCACUCCACCAAACGGUCACAAGAUUGGAACUUUGACUGUGUAUGGAGCCACAGCCAUUUUCUCCUGCAACACAGGAUAUACCCUUGUGGGCUCUCGGGUACGAGAGUGUUUGUCCAAUGGUCUUUGGAGUGGAACACAAGUUCAGUGUCUAGCCGGCCAUUGUGGCACUCCAGACCCAAUAGUCAAUGGCCAAAUCAUUGGGGAGAAUUACAACUUUCGAGGCAGCGUUGUGUACCAAUGCAACCCAGGGUUUCGUCUCAUUGGCGUGUCAGUGCGAAUCUGCGAACAGGAUCACCGCUGGUCAGGAAACACCCCUGUUUGCGUUCCCAUCACAUGCGGACACCCUGGAAACCCAACAUUUGGCGUGACACAGGGAAGCCAGUUCAACCUAAAUGAUGCGGUGCGUUUUGUCUGCAACACUGGAUAUGUUCUGCACGGGGCUGUUAAAUCGACCUGCCAGGCCAAUGGACAAUGGAACAAUGCCCUACCCAAAUGUAAAAUUGUAAACUGCACAGAGCCAGGCCAUGUGGAGAACAGCAUCAGGCAGGUAUUGUCCAGCGGGCCACAUCGGUAUAGCUUCCAGACGACGGUGACGUACCGCUGUAACCCUGGCUAUUAUCUGCUGGGAACCAGCUCCAUCUCCUGCCAAGGCGACGGCACCUGGGACCGCUCCCUACCCAAAUGUCUGUUGGUGCUCUGUGACCGCCCCAGCAUGCCUCCCUACGCCCAGAUCUCAGGCGACCGUCGAACAGUUGGCUCGGUCAUCCGCUACAGCUGCAUGGGCCAACGGAGCAUCAUCGGAAACACUACCCGAAUGUGCCAGCUGGACGGGCAUUGGAGUGGCUCUCCGCCGCACUGCUCCGGGGAAUCCAGUGGUCUAUGUGGCGAUCCAGGCGUACCUGUUCACGGCAUUCGUCUUGGAGAUGAAUUCACUGUGGGCAGCGUCGUACGUUUCAGCUGUGAACCUGGUUACAUUCUAAAGGGUUCCCCAGAGAGAGCGUGUCUGGCCAACGGUACAUGGGUGGGAACACAACCGGAGUGUCAUGUGAUCUCAUGUGGAAAUCCAGGAACUCCACGGAAUGCCCAGAUCCUUGUUCACGAUGGACUGACUUUUUCCAGAUCCAUCACUUACAGUUGCAGGGAAGGUUACUACUCUACUGGACUGCUUACCCGACACUGUACCGUAAACGGGACCUGGACAGGCAACAUGCCAGAGUGCUCAGUAAUCAACUGUGGUGACCCUGGAGUGCCAGCCAAUGGAGUUAGAUUCGGGAAUGAUUUCACCUACAACCGAACAGUCACCUUCCAGUGUUCUCCUGGGUAUACCAUGGAUGCUGACAGAGCCUCUUCUCUCAUCUGCACCAAGGAUCGGACCUGGAAUGGCACCAAACCGCUCUGUAAAGCGAUUGUCUGUGGUCCACCACCCCUCAUCCCCAAUGGACAGGUUGUUGGCACAGACUUAACCUGGGGCUCGAGCAUAAGUUACUCCUGCAACCAAGGCUACCAGCUGUCCCUGCCUACUGUGUUAACAUGCCAGGGCAACGGCAACUGGAGCGGAGAGAAACCGCAGUGUUUCCCUGUAUUCUGUGGAGACCCAGGACUGCCGGAUCAAGGCAGAAGGGAGGACCGGGGUUUUACCUAUCUUUCCUCCGUCUCUUUCUCCUGCAACCCGCCCCUCAUCUUGGUCGGUUCAGCCAGGAGGUACUGCCAGUAUGAUGGCACUUGGAGUGGCACGCAGCCCUCCUGUAUAGAUCCAAGUCACACCACCUGUGGAGACCCCGGCAUUCCGCUCUUCGGAAAUCAGAACAACAGUCAAGGCUACCAGAUUGGCAGCACCGUGUUCUUUAACUGCAGGAAGGGCUACUUGUUGCAGGGCUCCAUUUCACGCACGUGUCUGCCCAACCUCACCUGGAGUGGGUUUCAGCCCGAGUGCAUUGCCCACCACUGCAGCCAGCCAGAGAUGCCUGCUCAGUCUGAUGUGAGAGCCAUUGAACUGCCAUCCCUUGGCUACACGUUGAUCUACACGUGUCAGCCCGGCUUCUACCUGGCUGGAGGAUCAGAACACAGAACCUGCAGGUCCGACGGUAGCUGGUCAGGGAAACCCCCGCUGUGUGCAGCUGAUAAUCGGCCAAGUGGGAGAAGUCCGGUGGGCACUGUACAAGAACCUCCAUCUAAACUGCCAGUCCCUGGUGGUGUGUUUGCCAAAAACUCCCUCUGGAGAGGCUCCUACGAGUACCUGGGAAAGAAGCAGCCAGCCAUGCUCAGCAUCACUGCCUUUGAACCUUUUAGCAACCGAGUUAACGGGACACUGAUUGACCACAGUGGGGUUGAGCUGAAAUUAGCAGGAACGUACAAGAGGGAGGAAGCCCAGCUCCUGCUACAGGUCCACCAGAUCAGGGGUCCUGUAGAGAUCUUUGUGAACAAGUUUAAAAUAGACAACUGGGCCCUGGACGGACACGUGUCCUACAUCUCCUCAUCCAACUCCUUUGUGUACCAGGGAUUUGUCAGGGGAAAAGGCUUUGGCCAAUUUGGUCUCCAAAGAUUGGAGAGCUUAGAUCCUGGUAGAGACAACCCAGGCUACAACUUUGCCUCCAACAGCAGUUCAGUGGCAGCUGCCAUUCUAGUGCCUUUCAUAGCCAUGAUCAUUGCAGGCUUCGCUCUCUAUCUCUAUAAACACAGAAGAAGACCCAAAGUUCCCUUCAACGGUUACGUGGGCCACGAGAACACGAACGGCCGGGCCACGUUCGAGAACCCCAUGUACGACCGCAACAUCCAACCCACUGACAUCAUGGCCAAUGAGACAGAGUUCACAGUCAGCACCGUGUGCACAGCUGUAUAGCGACGCCGUCCUUCAGAGCUAAGGAAGGAAAGAUGCACCACGGCCUCCGCCGCCGGCAGAGGACAACUAUAGCUCCUUGUGCAGAUGGCGAGGAAAAGAUUAUUUUAUUUGCUGAAACACCUUCGAGAAACAUCUGCGGUCGCAGAGCCUUGUAACCCGCGGGAAACAAGGAAAAGAAACUAUGUGAGGGCGACAACUUCAUCAAAGGUCAACAAGAACCGGCUCUCUGUAACUUUACAUGGUUUUCUCGGUCAUGUUCCAUAUUCUAAGGAAAAAGCUUCCAUCUGAACCUGCAGCCGGCAGGAGUACUGCUGGAGGCAAAGCUGUGAUGACUUUCUCCUCACCGCCCUUCGCCUAAACCCAAAGGGAAGUUUGUGUAAGUCAUAACAUGUACCUGUAGCCGACAACAAACUCUGCGCACUGUGCGGCGGGUAAGCCACGUCUCCACGGGUGCGGGAGGCAGCGAGAAACCGUCCGGACUGUUGGGAUUCAUCCUUCCUUCCUGCUUUCUAUUUGCUUUUUUGUUUGCUUUACGGCUUUCACGUCCCGUUCUUGUUGUUUUACGCCGCCGGCUCUCUGUAAUGAGCAACUGGGAACACUCAGAUCUUUGCCACUGAGGCUUGAAAGUUUAAAGCUUUCAAUUUCAUGUAGGAAACACUCUUUUCGUUACUUUGUGAGCUCUUUCUCCUAUUUUCCUUUCCCUGUGGAUGGAGAGGAGGCUGAAACGGUAGCUAGGUUUGUUGGGAAGUAAAGCAGAGCGAGAACUUUAAGUGACGACGAUAGGAGUGCCCGUGUGCAUAUUCACGUACACAUUUGUGGUUUCAACCAAAAACAUGGGGAUUCUUUUUGUUUCGCAAGUGGCAUCUGAUUUUAUUUCAUUUUAUUUUAGGAAGGUUAAAGAUCAGGAAGAAAGGUGACUCAAAUAUAACCCAUCAAUUGGAGGUCUGCCCCCGCGGAAGGAAAAAAAGUUUGAAUCUCGCUCCAGUCCACAGCAAUGUUUACUCCUCUUCCAUUUUCAGCUUGUGGUGGUCCAAAUACAUUCAGGUCGUAAUAUCGGGUGAGAAAAACGAAUUAGCCGUGCGACAAGCAGAAAAGGGCUGGAGAAGUCAGAGACGAUCUCUCUCUCUCCAACGGGGACAGGAUCUAUGAUGCGUUUCCACGGACGUAACCUUUGAGGGCCACGUUACAUGUUUCAUUUUUCAUUCACAUCCACAUCUCAGGGCAAAGCUGUAGCACCAACUCAUUCUCAUAAAAAACAAAAAAAAAACAAUAGUGCAUAAAGGGGAAAAGAAAUGGUUAACUUUCACCUUUUUUUUAUCAAACGAUCAACCUUUAGAUGUUUCGCUGAUUUAGUGUGCCGCUGUUUUUCUCUACGAAUAAAGGGAUAGUUUGUAUUUUUUUAGGCGAAGUUCUGAAAAAAGUACCAUCAGUCGUAGUUCCUUUAUCCGUAGUGGAAAGAUGUCUGGAAGUCGGUAGAAAGGUUAGAAGAUUAUAAAAUCACCAGUAUAUCUGACUUAAUAUAAUGUUUGCAUCUAUUGGAUAAACCUCUACACUUUUACAUAAGACACAGCGCGAGAGCAUUUUCUCCGUUUUGUCAGCUGAAGAACUUCCUUGUUGCUUGACUAAAGGAGGCUGGUAGACGUUAGCUACGAUUUGGCUGUUUGCUCUAACUCCAGUACGUUUUUGGUGGUUAUGCCACGGCGUGAAUGGCGGUACGCUCGUGUGCGCUGUUUGGAGAUUACCCAGCAGCCUCCACCAGCCUGGCUUCAGCGUUGAGACACGGAAGUUGUUGGACUGAGAUAUCGGCACCAAACUUAAUGGCCUUUUUGUAAAAGUUCAGAGAGGCUAUAGGCACUAAUAUGGGGUUUUGUCCAACAGGUGUGUUAAGCUGCUCAAAUCCUCUAAAACGGAGGCCCCGUCUUAUUAGCUGCACUUUCUCAGUUUUCUACAAUCCCAUCAACAUAUUUGACGUUCUACUGGAGGUAAAUUAACUAAUAGAGGAGGGGGAAAAAAAGCUUUUCAGAACCUUCCCUAUCCAUUUGAAGGUGCCAUAGUAGCUCCUUACACCUGGCCUUAGGAAACGAAGGAUCAAAAUGCAAAUUAGCCUUAUUUCUUCAAAAUCUUCAGAGUGAGGCAUCAGAGGCUGAAGAGCGGAUGAGUCAUUGUUGCGUUCCCCGCGGAUUACGUUCGGGUCUUUUCCCUCCAAGUUCACUUCUGACAGCCCCAUCCCUUUUAAAGGAGAGGAGUGUUUCUCUUGUUUUGUUUUCCAGCUCAUCAUAAAAACGUUGAAGACUACUUGCUCGGGGCUGUGACAGCGGGGGAGUCACUGGCAUACUGAUUACCGCCGUGCAUAAAAUUGGAAAUGAUAAAUACGAUAUAGGGAAAAAAAAAAACAGUUUAUGCCGUUAAUGCUAACCCUCCUUGUCUGGCGCUGCUGGGGAGAAAAUGACAGAAAAUAUUGUUUUUUAGAGUGCAACGCACAGGCGAAAUGUCAUCAAAUACAUCUGUGGGAUUCUGCUUUGUGCGCCGCGCUCUGAUGAGAGGACUUUUAUGACCCAUUUUGUAGACCUGUUUGUCCCGAGGAAGCUCAAUGGGGUGAAUCGUGCUUGGAUUUCCCUGAAAGGAAAGUGAGCCUUUACUCGUAGCUUCCAUUAAAUGUAGCUGUCGAACUCAGACGCCAUUAAACUGGUAAUAUUAUAGGCCGCAUCUUUAUUUACCGAAUACAGUAUCAGACUACCUAAAAAAAAAAUGUAUAAUAAAACAUCUAUACUGAUCCUUUUUUUCUUCUUCUGCUGGGCAUUGUUGGGGGGAAAAAAAAGGAAAUUAAAUUAAGUAAAUCACCCAGAGCGCAUAUUUUCUCCUAGAAAUGAAGUCCCUUGAAGCCAAUCACAUGCAUUGUUCCCUCAAUCAUUUCCACUGAGGUUCAGUAAUUGCUUUGACGAUUUUUAUUACUUUUAAGGCUCCCGUUUAUCUCGAGCGUUCCGCUGGAAUAUUCGGCCAUCUUCCUCCUCUGGAGUUCGAGCGAUAGAGAGGGAAAGGAUUGAAUUACCCUGGAGAUUUCACAGAGAGAUGAGCAGCUACACUCGCAUAAUCCCGCAGACUCCCACGCGCUGAAGCCGUACCGUUUCGUGCAGCGGUCGCAUGGCGCAAUACGCUUAUUUUGACUCUAAAGCUGCACUCAAACAUCUCAUUUUUUACAUAGUAUCUGCUCAGGCCAAUUUCCUCCACAAUGGCGACUUUCCACUUGCUUCGUUAAAGAGACUUCAGUGAUUUAAGUGGCUAAUGCUAUUAUCACCCCAAAUUCCCCGGCAAGUAACUGAUUCUAUUUAGUUGUAUGACUCACUAAAUAUAACCCUGCAGAAGAUCACACGUAAGUGAUUGUACUGACAAGGGCUCAUUCUAAGCAAAUUAAGAAACGGUCAAUAAAAUGGCCACUUUUUAUUUUAUUUUUCUUUAACAUUUUCCAUGAUUUUACCUACUCCAGUCUUCAAUAAGCACUUUAUGUUCAUUAUAGUGCCUUGUCAUAACUCAUAAAGUUACCGUUCAGCUUUAGCUUUAGCAGCCCUUUUUUUUUUCUUUUCGGUCAAUGAAUCCCCAACCGUCUUCACUAAAGUUUAGGGGUCAACGUUCAGAUAUUGCAAGCUGGAGCCCUUCAGUCGCUCCUUGAUCAUCUCCCCGGCUGAGUGGCCCCGGCUGCUGCAGACAAAACUCCCGAAGUGCUGAAGAGACUGUGAGCUGUCGUUUAGAUCUCGCUGAAGGGGGAAAAAGAGCUUCUAAAGAUGGCAGAGUAGAGGUCCGUUUCGCCUUUUAUUAUCUCCGCGUUUUGUUCUGAGAGAACGAGAAUCCAGAAAUCUGUCUUGUGUUUUGAUGAAUUUUUCAAGCUGCGUCUCUCGUCGAUGGUUUGAAGGCUGCUUCGUCAGUCAAAGAGGAAGUUCCAAAUUCAUCGAAUGAAAAAAAAAUUUUAAAAAAAUUAGUGUUUAGUCUGAAACGAAAACUUUCUUGAAAACCUGCGCUUAAAUCUUACUUUUCAUGUUCCUGAGAUGUAAAUCUGGGGAGCUGUUUUCCUUUAAGCCCGUCUUAGUUGACCCAAAAACUAUUCACUGCACCACAGUUGAAUGAACAUGAAGAUCAGUGAGUGUUGGACUGAGCUGCGGAGCAACAGUCAGGAACGGAGCCUUCCUUGACAGCAGCUGGUGAAUUUGUGCUUCUUUUAUUUAUUGUUUUGCAUACUUUAAAUCACUAACUCUGUCCAUUCUGGCUGAUUUUAGUUAUCAGCCCCACACAGCUCUGAGCCCCCAUCCUGUUCACCAUCUCUUCUAUAAUGUAACACGCCACAGCUAUGGUCUUUGAGUUCACCCAGUUUCCUCUCAAUCAGGGACCAGACCAAAAGCCUCCCACUUCUCUGUCUCUCUCUCUCUCCCUCUCUGCAGCUAGGGCUCUGACUUUUGUGUAGUGAAAACCCGAGCAACCCAUCAGUUAUGCUGAGUGACACUUUCUGCAGCAGAUAUCAUUUAUAAUCUCCCAUCUUUCACUGUCACCACAUAUCGAUAGCUACCAAAAAAAAAAAAA